GUCGUUGCGCGCACUCUUCCACUCAUUACGGUAGCGACAACCUGCUGUUCCUCAGCUGAUAUGAGAAAUCCUCCCUCGGUGCGCUCAGAACCGAGCCCGAGCUUUUCGUUAGUUACUUCAAGUCAGCAGCAACAGCAACAGCAUCGUCGUAGAUGAUGUUAGAUAACGAGGAGUAUCUGGUAGACGCAUGCCAGCGGGAGCUCACUCAGAACCCGCUGAGGAAGAUCUGGUUGCCGGGCAAGAGCGGCCACAUUGCACAGAGACGCGUUUGUAUGACCAACUGCCCCACCCUCAUCGUGACGGUGGGCCUGCCAGCCCGUGGGAAGACCUACAUCUCCAAGAAGCUAACACGCUACUUAAAUUGGAUCGGAGUGCCCACCAAAGAGUUCAAUGUGGGCCAGUACCGGAGGGAGUGUGUGAAGAUCUACAAAUCCUUUGAGUUUUUUAGUCCGGAUAAUGAAGAGGGCUUAAAAAUCAGACGCCACUGUGCAAUGGCAGCUCUCAAUGACGUCCGGCAGUACCUCAGUGUUGAGGGAGGGCAAGUGGCCGUAUUCGACGCCACCAAUACGACAAGAGAACGACGAGGGGCCAUUGUCAAGUUUGCCGAGCAAAACGGUUUCAAGGUGUUCUUUGUGGAAUCUGUGUGUGAAGACCCAGACGUCAUCGCGCAGAACAUCGUGCAAGUGAAGCUCGGCAGCCCCGACUACAUCCACUGUGACACUCAAGAAGCCAUCGAAGACUUUAUGAAAAGGAUCAAGUGUUACGAGUCGUCCUAUCAGCCUCUGGACGAGGUUUUGGACAGGGACAUGCCCUACAUCAAGAUCAUGGACGUGGGCCGCCGUUAUCUCGUGAAUCGCGUGCAGGACCACAUCCAGAGCCGGAUCGUGUACUACCUGAUGAAUAUCCACAUCACGCCGCGCUCCAUUUACCUGAGUCGGCACGGCGAGAGCGACCUCAACAUCAAGGGACGCAUCGGAGGCGACUCGGCCUUGUCGGCGCGGGGGAAAGAGUACGGCACAUGUCUGAGGAAGUACAUCCAGGAGCAGAACAUCAAGGAUCUGAAAGUGUGGACCAGCCAGAUGAAGAGAACCAUCCAGACGGCCGAGUGUCUGGGAGUGCCGUACGAACAGUGGAAAUCGCUCAACGAGAUCGAUGCCGGCGUGUGCGAGGAAAUGAUGUACGAAGAGAUCCAAGAGCAUUACCCUUUGGAGUUCGCGCUGAGAGACCAAGACAAAUAUCGUUAUCGCUAUCCUAAAGGAGAGUCGUAUGAAGACCUGGUGCAGCGUCUGGAGCCCGUCAUCAUGGAGCUGGAGAGGCAGGAGAACGUUCUGGUCAUUUGUCACCAGGCCGUCAUGCGCUGCCUUCUCGCCUACUUUCUCGACAAGACCGCAGUUGAGUUGCCUUAUCUGAAGUGCCCCUUGCACACGGUGUUGAAACUCACCCCACUGGCUUACGGAUGCAAAGUGGAGUCGAUCUAUUUAGGCGUGGAUGCCGUGAACACACACCGAGAGCGACCGGAGAAUGUGAGCGUGCAGCGUAGCACAGAAGCCGCUCUGAAAACCGUGCCGGCGCACUUCUGACGCCCUCGCUCGCGCUUCCUGCGUGACCGCUCAGCUGCCUCGCGAGGACGCUCGCCGUCGACGACUUGGGAGACGAAUCGACACGGGCGUCACGUUUUUGUACUCCCAGCUUUCCCGAACGGACAGCUUUGUGGUGUUUUCGUCACGCUGUAGUAUCACAACACGUCCUCCCGCACUGUCAAAAGCGUUCACGUAAUGUGUUGCUGUUUUAUAAAGCCGUGUGUGUGCGAACAAGAACUCUGCAGUUACUCUUUGCUCAUCAGUGGUUUGAAGACCACAAGAAAAUCUCCUUCCAUGUCUUUGUGGUUGCUCACCAUAUUUCUCCAAAUAGUGGACAUGAGGUUGUUUGAUUCAAACUUAUGUCAACUGCGCGCCCCCCCCUGAAAAAAAAAGACAAUUGCUGAAAAAUAUAGCAAAGAUGCACAUGUCAUUGUCAGAGAACAGCAAUACAGUACAAAUGUACUAAAAGGUUUCAUACAAGUGAUCACUUAGGCAGUGAUUCUUUUGUGUACCACUAGAGGGAGUGUGCGCACCACUCGUGUGUCGUGGGAAUCACUACAUUGGAGGGUCUGGAACUUUUGGAAGAAAAAAAACUUAUGUCAGUCAUAAGCUGUGUAAAUCAUCCUAUACAUGUUGAAUAUGCUCACAGGAGUAGUAGUGAUGGUAUCACCGGUGCUUUUUCAAGAGCCUUUUGAACAUGUCGGGUCUUUGUGAAGUGUUUUUGAUGUGUUCAUGAAUGUCAGUGAUGCACCUGGAAACAAAAAUCACCUUUGGGGUAGCAUUCAGUGGCUUUUUUUGGGGUGUUUUAUUAAAAAUUUUUAUGGGCCGACUACAAUGGACAUAAAAAAAAGAACUGCGGUGUGUUCAUGAAGGCUGGGCGUUUGAUGAGAAAUUUCUUUUGGG